AUGCUCCCGUUCCACGAGAGCCAGCUCAAGAUCGCGGACGCCAUGGCCAAGGUCGAGCACGAGGUGGCCACGGUCAACCAGGACAUGGCGUACUUCCGCCACGUGGUGGACUUCCAGAACCUGAAGAUCGAGAAGUUGACGCUGCUCCUACUAGACUUGCUCCACAACAAGGACGUGGCGCCCAUCGUGGCACAGCUCCAGGGCCUCCAGGCGAGUGACCCGUUCAACGUCGACGACGGCCCCGACGCCGUGGACGAUGCGCUCCCGGAAAACGUGCACGAGCCUGUCCACGACCAGGUGGUGUCCGUGGGCUCGUCGGUGGGGGUCGGCGCCGUGCUGCUAGACAGCAACAUGGACCCGCAGCUCCACAACGUGGCCCAGGCCGCCCACUCGCAGCACUCGCAGCAUUCACAGCACCAGGGCCAGCGACAGCAGGGCCACGCACAGCUCCUUGAGCACAACUCGCCCCGACCGCAGCAGGACCGCCAGGGCGCCCGCGAAGACAGCGACCGCUCCAUGUCCGUGGUGGACAUGCCGGGGCUCGAGGUGGUGAACAUCAACGGCAUGAACGGGCGCAAGAAGCCCAAGGUGACCGUGGACUUUCUCCACAACCCCAUGACCGUGAAGGAGAUCUACGACGAGUUCACGGUCGGGUUCCGCGGGCAGCCGCCGUUGCGCGAGAUGGACGAGCGCUACGGCCGGCACGAGUGGCGCGGCGACUCGCGGUCCAAGGAGUCCAAGCGGUUCCAGCGGCGCAAGAAGCUAUGCGACGCGAUCGAGAGGGGGAUGCAGAAGUACGGCAAGACCGCGGAGGAGAUCCAGGCGUUCAUCGAGGACUUCCGGGGCGACAAGUCGCUCACGUGGGUGAUGAACGGCAAUCUCCCCAGCGACUUGCUCGAGUGA